AUGGCCUCCAUCGCGCGCCAGUCUUCUCCCCUCCUCCGGUCGGCGUUCCGCGCUCCCUUCGCGACUAAGAAUGUCGCGCAGGUCGUGGCUUUCCAUGCUUCCGCUAAGAAGCAGAUCUUGCCUCCUCUGCCUCAGACUAUUCAGGGAACGAUGAACGACCCCGCUCCCAUCCCCAAGUCUCACCCUACCGAGGGUAGCUACCACUGGACUUUUGAGAGAAUCGUCUCUGCCGGUCUCGUCCCUCUUUGCAUUGCUCCCUUCGCUGCUGGUUCCAUGAGCCCCGUCAUGGACGCCGUCAUCUGCUCCGCUAUUGUGGUUCACUCUCACAUUGGUUUCCACGCCUCCAUCACCGACUACUUCCCUACUCGCCGUGUCCCCAAGACCCACACCUUCAUGAUCUGGCUGCUCCGCGCGUUCACCCUCAGCACGGCCGUCGGUCUGUACGAGUUCGAGACGAACGACGUUGGUGUGACGGAGGCUCUCCGCCGGGUGUGGAACGCAUAG